GGCCUUUCUUUUUACCACGUGUUUAGUGCGUUUGCGCAGAAGCAAGGCGGGGUUUUUGUCUUUUUGUUUAUAUUUCAAAUGUGCGCAAUGUUCAGAAGGUUGAUUAUAAUCUGAUUAGUUCGCGGUUGCCAUUUAGAAGAGUUUACAUGAAGCUAAAUACUGGUUAUUGAUUUCUUCUUCCACCUGUUUCCUGAUUUUCAUCUUGCCUGCCAGGCUCCCUGUGGAAACAAUGAAAAGCUUAAAAGCUUCCAUGCAGACUUCAGCUGCAUCAAAGAUCAAAAAUAAGAUUCUCAACACCUCCUCCUUCUUUAAAGUAUCUUUGAAGACAAAUAACAAGGCGUUAGCUCUCGCUUUGGCGGCGCAGAAGCAGAGAAGCACGGAGCUAGAGAAAGAGAUUGUGUAUCUGCAGAAGCAAGUGGAGGCUCUGUGCUUUGAGCUGGCAACCAGAAAAUACAAAGACAGGAAACUGCUUCUCAUCCUGAAAAGUUUGUAUGGCAACACUCUGCAGCAUUUUGACAUGGUGGCUGAACUAUUCCCAGACAGCGAUCUUUGUAAGCCAUCUAAGAAUAACAGGAGCUUCUUUGGAGGAGGGAAUGAGGAAAAUCCUGUGCAGACAAGACUUACAGAACUGUUGCCUCCUGAGCCAGAAAUGUCAGCAAAUUUGCUGUGUGCUAGUAGAACUAUACCAGCAUACGACAUUUCCUUAAAAAGACUUGAUGAGAAAGCCUUCUCUAUCCAGAGUAGGUGCUUAAAGAGUUCAUAUGUUAGCAAAGAUGAUGCAGAGGCUGAAAAUGUAUGUUCAGGUCAGCCUAUACAAGCUCCUCUGGCAGUAACAUCCCGCCCAUCCAGCAGUCUGAGGGAUGAAGUUGACAGGCUUUCAAUGAUACUCUCCCUACCGGAGGUUGUUAGGAAACCAGUUCCUCACAACACCCAGACCCCCACUGUUGGCAGGACAUGUGAAGAACCCACUACUUGUGGCUUAGUUGCGAGAACUGAGCCACAACAUGGGCAGAAGCAAGAGAACACUGAUCUUGUGAACACAACAAUGGAGAUGACGCUGACCUGCCCAACUGAAAUUGUCACUGUGGAGACCAAGGCCAAAAAAAAAGGCAGCUCCUGUAAGUUGAAAAACACGGAAAAUGAGGAAAAAACCUCUUUGUCAACAGUGAAGACUUUCACAGAAUCUAGAACAAAGGAGGUUACACCUUAUUCCAUUGAAACAGUAUUACAAACAGAUGGCAAUUUAGUGGAGGAUAAUGCAGGAAGAGAAGUUAUAAAGCCUCAGUCAUCAAAAAUACCGUCCAAGAUUGUCAAUAAAUCGCGCAUUGCCAAACUUAGUAAAUCUAAAACUGGCACCAAUCAGAAUAAAUUCAAGUCAAAUCAAAUCCCGUCCAAGUCUAAGACAGAGUCACCUGACACUGUCUUACCAGACCUGGAUGAUUAUUUCAGUGAUGUUGAAUUGUCAACAGAGAAAGACAAUGAAAAACAAGCAGUGUUCAAAGUCACAUCUAGGAGGUCCAAGACUAAAGGCAGGCGGAUGUCAUCAGUCACCAGGAGGACAUUUAUCAGUUUGCCACCUCACGAAAGUGAGAGCUAUCAGUCCAAGCAGGAAUUGCCACAAUAUGACCAGGGAGAGUGCCAGGGUCAACUGUUGGAAGAUUUCUUGUGUGGUACGGAUGAAAUCUCACAUCCAAAGCCAGAACAUGUGGAGCAUGCUUCUCGCAGCUUGGCAAAACCUCAGGGAAGAAUCAAUUCAAGAAGCACCUUUGUUAUCUCAGUGGGCACAGAUGACGGCUCAGCAAUCUGUGUGUCACCAGAAACCAGUUUCACAGUGCAGGACUUUAUUCCUGGUUCAGGGUUUAACUGUGAAGGAGAAGACCUAUCAACAGCUAAUGAUGUGAGUGUUGUACAGCACCGCUCAGAAUCAAAUCCACAAAGGCACAGUGAGAAAGCUUCUGUUGAGGACGCUCUGAGGUCCUGUAAGCGACCCUGGGUGGCCACACAGGAUUCAGGAGCCUCUCUAGAAGACCUAUGCAGCUAUGCAAGUCGUGGCGAUCUGCUGCUGGAGCCAGACUGCCUCUCAGACACAGAGUUUCAGAAAAUGAAAAAAGCCAAAAGAGACAAAUCAAAUCACAGGACAAAGGCUGCACACAUGGAAGAGGAGGAGUGUGGUGAUUGUUUAGAUAAGAAGAAAAAGAAGAAGAAAAAAACCAAAAGCUACAGAUCAAGGGGUGAAUCACAUUCUGUUCAGGGCCCUGGUGAUGUCCUCCCUCUCUGUGACAUUGGUCCUGAAAGAAGCAUGGAAUCUUCAGAAGAUUUGCGAAUGGUUGAUUCACCCCCUGACAUCUUUAAAGAUUUGUUUGAUUCUAAAACCACCAAAUCAAAGUCCAGGGUGGAUUCUACUUCAAAGCCUAGGAAGAACUCCAAACCACACAUACCCUCAGAAACUAAGAAUCUUAGAGCGACGUUUGUUGUCUGCAGGCGAACAACUCAAGACAGUGUUUCGCUAAACAGUGCGAGGACUUCCAAUGUGUCCGACGGCCCCAGUGACGAGGCAGCUCAUCAGAACCUGGGCAACAGGUUAAUGGAUGAGAAGCCGCCGUGGUUGGCCAUGGAUUUUAGCAUGACUGACACUGAGGGGGGCUCCUUACCUACUAGUCCGACAAGAGAGUCCCUGGGCACACAGACGAUGGAAGAGGAGGCUGCAGCUCUACCAACGACCUCUCCAGUUGUUACAGGAAGAGUCUUAACAUCGCUGACCAACACUAUUGCAACGUCGGACAGUGAAAACGGAGCGAGAACAAGGAGAAGGAACUGUGUUGUCAGUUAUAAGGAGCCGCCCCUCAACAGCAAAAUCCGGCGUGGGGAUAAAUUCACCGACAGCAUGUUCCUAAGCUCCCCAGUGUUUAAGGAUAAUAAAAAGAAGAAGAAGAGGAGGCAGAAGAUGUCUGAGAAGGAGCUGGGCCUCAACACAUCCAUCUCAAUGGACUGAUGACUUUCUGCUUUUAUGUUAGGGUUUAUAUGAUGUUUAAUUUUAACCUGUUGGACUUUAGAAGUUUUUACUUGGAUGCAGCUUCACAUGACGAAGCUGUAACUGAUCGCCCCGAUGAGCCCUGUUCCACAUGUGAUAUGUGCUUGGUAAUGUUCAGAGAGAUUGACGGGGGGUUGUUCAUAAAUAAUUGAGUUCAGACUGAUCACCUGAGACGCGUGCGGCACAUAAAGGACAGCCAGCUGCUGUAUGGCUUGUUUAGUGUCAGCGCAUGAACUGAAGGUCUGUAAGCUUGUGUUUUUGUGCGGUGAGUACAGAUGUUUUUUAUGGUGUUUGUUUUUUUCAUUAAAUGUGUGGCUUCACGUGCA